CUUGAACGUGGCGGUGCCAAUCUCACAAAAUUUCGCAUUUACAACAUCUUGCGUUGCUUGAAAAGUUAAACUUUUUUUACGGCAGCAAGUACUGAAUGGCUGAAUUAAAUGACAUCUACACUUUCGAUUGUUCUUAUGUAUCAAUGUAAAUAGACAGUUAGAAAAGACAUUCGACACGAGAUCGCAUGACUGCUAUGACUUGCAAGUGGAAUGGAUUAUUUAACGUUGGGGAGGACUUCAAUGAUGAGGUGCUGCAAACUGAUUUACACAGAUCUACUUGAGAUGGACUGGUCUGCUCCAUCAGUGUCUGCAGCACAGUCCUGUUUCCUCCGUUCAACUGCAGCAUCAACUCCUGCUGCCCCCUAUGGUCAGAAUAACUCACAUCAACCAACCACAGACGGCAUACUUGCCCAUAGGGGCCUGUCGAAUGGCCCAGGGUCAGAUAAUUCAACACCGAACAGUGUAGGACAGUCUCCUGCUUUGGGUUUGAGACAGCUCUCUACAUCUAAACCAUUGCACUCAUUCCCUCUUCCCCCUCUCCACCUUCCUACACUGAGUAGGGGACUGUGUACAGUUACCCAACAGAGCUCCUCACCAGCCCAACAGAUGAAGUCAAACACAACAGGACAGCAAGAGGCCCCCUCGCCGCAGGAUGACUUUGAUGAUUGGGAUGUUGACCUGGCAGACCUAGAUGAAAGUGACCCACAGAUGAGCACUUGGGCUCAGGUCCGAGAAACUGCUCCAGCUGCAGAUCUAACCAAGCCCAGCGAUGACUCUGUAUCCCCAGACAAAAGACUACGGCCCACAGCCUGUGGUGGUGCUCAAACCGGGCCCAAUGUGGGUCUGAGAGGAUUCAGUACCUCUAACCAAACGUCUGGUCUUCCCAGUAGUAGUAGUAUACUCCACAAGUCCUCAUUCCCUGGUCCCUUCCCCUCUCCCCGCCCUGAUCCUAGUGCUACUUUCCUCCUAGCUCCACCCCAAAGCCCCUUCCCCAGGCCUGUGACCCCCAGGCCAGUCAGAGGGCUUCCUUCCCAGGUACAGAGGCCCUGGGCUACACCUCUAGCUCAGGGACGCAGCCUUUUUGACCCCAUCUCCCCAGCCCCCUCUAGUAGGUUUGGUGGACCCAUGCCUUCCCCCAGUCUCACCCCACGUUCCCUCCACACGCCCGUCUUCACUAACCACUUGAUUCAGCUGGUGUCCAACUCCAACAAGACCCCCCAGAGACCGGGUUCUGACCACAUCCGGCCCAAUACCCGCCGCUUCCCCGGGCCUGCAGGAAUCCUACCACAACAGCAGCUCCAUGGGCAGAGCCUGGAUGACAUCGUGGUGGCCAUUCCUCAGACACCUGCACAUGGGGCUGUGGCUCGGCUGCCCAGUCAGGUUCCCAGCUCUCAGACUGAGGAAGAGGAUUUCAGUGGAGGUCCGUGGGCAGUGAUGAAAGCAGAGAUGGGAUUGGACGAAAGGAACUCCUCCUGUUUUCUGCACUCUUACAGCGUGGCCAUGGUACUCCGCAAGGCGGCCCUGAAACAGCUGGUGAAGAACAAGGUCCCCAACAUGGCUGUGGUACUAAAGAGCAUCCUCCACACACACGCUGAUGCCAAGGCUGUGUUCAGGGAUCCCACAGGAGAGAUGCAGGGCACAGUGCACCGGCGCCUCCUAGAGGACAGACUAGGGGAGCUCAAGACGGGGGCGUUACUGUUGCUCAAACAGGUGGGUGUGUUCUCUCCGUCCCACCGUAACCACUACCUGAACGUGACACCCAACAACCUCCUGAGGAUCUACCCUCCUGACGGCUCGACCCCGUCCUCCACACAGAGCCAGCUGCUCCCACUCCCCCUGGAGCCAAUGUUGGAAUCACCUGAUCAGUCCUCCAGUGUCCCAGGAGCCCCUGUGUCUCAGAUGGAGUUGUUCUAUGAUAAUGAUGAUGAAGAGGAUGUUCGGGCCCCACAGGUCUCUGCAGACUCUGGUGCUGGCUCCUCUAGUGUUCCACAGGGCCCGCCGGCUGCACCACUGGACCUGUCCUGGGACGCAGAUGACCUUGAUGAGCUUCUUGGGGAGUUGCCUGUUGAGUCCUACUGCCUCUGACACCUGCCCACCUACCCCUUACGGACAAGGUACAUUUAUACAGGGGAGAUGUAGGACAACUAAGCUGUCACUUACAUGUGAAUUUGAGUUUGGUGCAUUCUGACCGCACGUUGGAUGCCUUUCUACCUGAUUCCCCCGGAGAAUCUUGUCGCCUGAAGUGCUAUCAUUUUGUGUUUGGUGUGCUGUGACCGUUAAUCGCACCAUUAUAAAUUGCAUGUCGGCCGUGUGGGGGGAAAAACUCUGAGAUGUUGGGAACUGGGACUGUCGCUCCCGCGUCUCCCCAAUUUGAAUUAAGCUUCACUACCCAUACUGCUACGGGUACAUCCCAUACUGCUACGGGUUCAUCCCAUACUGCUACGGGUACAUCCCAUACUGCUACGGGUACAUCCCAUAGACAGUCAUUCCCCUGUUUGAAGACCUGCUGGCUGAUGUUUUGUAUAUUUUUUUACUUCACAGUGCAGUCUCCUCUAAAUCAUAGCUAACUACUGUAUGUGCACAUAAUGUCUUGUAAAACAUGUAUAUAUUAAAGAAGACUUCUGUUCAAUAAUACACUAUACACAACUGAAAUGGUCUCUGAUUUUCUUGUCUCUAAUUUGCGGUCUUUGGAGUGAUUGAGAAUUAAAAUGCAUGAGAAUGCACUUACUAAUAGGAACAGUAUAUGGAAAAUCAAACAUUACAAUUAAAUAUCCAUUUAAACCCUGGCUUGAUUGAUCCACACUUCUAGUUGAAUUGCAUCGUGGUGGUGUGCUGUAAUUAGGCACCGGUGUUGCAAGGUUUCAUUGGAGAGGCAGAGUAUCCUGCUGUUCAUAGCCAUUGUCCAUUAAUUGGAACUGCAAAUCUUUUUCUCAAAGUUUUUAAACAGUUUUCUUGUCUUUCAGUCAACUAACACUAUUUUAAACAUUGAUGGCUCUGAUGAAACAUGGUGUGAACUAAAGUAUCAGCCUGAAGUGAAUGACUUUAAACAUUGUCUCCUGGAGCCUUCUGACUGUCAUUCUCUGCCAUGCUCUUCUUUCUCCAUUUCUGUCUUAUUGCCAUUUCCUCUGUCUUUCCUAUCCCCUUCCUCUGGCUAUGUUCUGGUCCAGCCUGUUUACCAUGCAUUACAAUUGUGUAGA